CAGACAUGCCCAGUCAGUUUUGACCUUCUUCCCAUGAGUCUCUGCUCUCAGGCCCAGUGGGGUGGGGUCACCGGCUUCCUAUCCAGAAGUCCUCGCGCGGCCCGACGCAGCGGACACCCAGGACUCCAAGAUGGCGUCAGUCGCACCACUGAAGGAGAAGAGGCUCUUAGAUGUGAAACUAGGGGAGCUGCCAAGCUGGAUAUUGAUGCGUGAUUUCACCCCGAAAGGAAUUGCCGGGGCAUUUCAAAGAGGUUACUACCGCUACUACAACAAGUACAUCGAUGUGAAGAAGGGCAGCGUGGCUGGGGUGUCGAUGGUACUGGCCGUUUAUGUGCUGUUCAACUACUGCCGCUGUUACAAGGAGCUCAAGCACGAACGGCUACGGAAGUACCACUGAAGAGGCCUAGUGUGGAGGAAGCACCACAUUCCUGACUGGCCAUCACUCUGCACCCUAGAAGAAACCCUUUAGUAUCCUGGUUGAGAUAAGCACUCAAUAAAAGAUGACUGGUUCAAGGA